AAGAGUUGGGAGUGUUUUUAUUUUAACGAAAAUCGGUUGUAUCUCAUUCGCUGUCAUCUCAUCGCCGCGUCGUCGUGUACAAUGCUCCGAAAGUCUCUGAUUUCUCAACGAGUGAUUUCCGUGAACUGACAUUCCAAAAUUCAAAAUGAGAACAGAAAUGUACUGUUGAAAAUGAGUUAGCCGAGCGCGUGGUACCCGGCGUUUAGUGACACAUCGAGAAAGGGUUGGCGAUCAGAAACGAUACAAAUUGAAGUAACAUUUGGGAGAUACAGAGGAAGAAGAAUACUGACGAAAGGCGGGAAACGAAUGCAUGAAAGACCGAUUUUCGAAUACCUGAACGAACUGUUGGACACGAGCGCGAACAAGGAAGAAAAUACCUACACGAAGGUGGCAGAGACAGGGGUGGCGAAGGUCACGGGGUCGGGCCUAGGGGUGGCAUCAUGGACUCUCACCAGCACCAGUUUUGUCUCAAGUGGAAUAGUUUCGGCAGCAAUUUAGCGACAGCUUUUUCGAAUUUGUUCAAAAGCGAGAGUCUCACCGAUGUCACCCUAUUCUGCGAGGGAGUAACGUUCAAGGCGCACAGGUUGAUACUCGCAGCAUGCAGCAAGCACUUUCAAGAGCUCUUCGAAGGAAUGCCUCCUUCGCCCGCGGGUCUGAUCGUUAUUCUCGAUGGGACGAGUGCUCACAAUAUGGCGUCCCUCCUCGAAUUUAUGUACCGCGGAGAGGUACACGUGUCCCAGGAAUCCCUCAGCUCUUUCCUCAAAGCGGCCGAAUGUCUUCAAGUAAAAGGUUUGUCCAUUGAGCACGAGAAGUUGGCAGUGGCGCAGAGGCACGCAGCGGAGAACAAUAACUCGUCCACGGAGACCGCGAAUAGCGGGGGUGAAGGUAACGGAAGCGGUGACAACGGAAGUAGCGGCAGUGGCAACGUGAGCGGAAAUGUUGCUGGCAGCGUGAGUGGUAGCGUGGGCGAUGGGAUCGGUGGCGGGGUCGUCGAGGUGAGCGACUUGAGCGAAGCGGGUGAAGCAACCAUGGUUAGAGACACCAUGAAGAGGACCCGUACACCGGCACCAUCGCCCGCCCCUGCCUACACCGUGCCCAGCCUUUACUCCACUACCUCUCACUAUUACGAAAGCCCGCCUCCGAAAAGGCUGAUGAGAUCGCCGAGUGAAGUCGAUACCCUGGGGAGGGCGAGCGUUUUGCGCGAUGGCACCGCCUUCCGGCCCGCAUCAGCGCCGCAUCCGCUUCUCUUGGAGAACCACUUCUAUCAACCGUUCAUCCAUCCUUCGGAAACACCCGCACAUCCGCACACCGCACCGCAUACACCCACGGAAUUGGAACAGGAACUGGAACGAGCGAGGUCCGAGGAACGUAGCCAUUGCGAUCUUAAAGAAAGCGUGGCCGAAGAUCUUCGCAUAAAGCAGGAACCGGUGGCAUUGUCAGACCGAGAGAGGACAGACAAAUUGGCAGAAAGAUUGUCGUUCGAUGGUGGCCACUACGGUUCGAAUUCGGAUCACAUUCAACACGGAGGGCAAGUGGGCCAUGCCAUGGUGCCACUUCCACCAGCUCAUCCACCGACCCCUGAUCUCAGUCCCGCUCCCACUACCCCUGCUAUGUGGAACACGAAAAUCAACAAGGCUAGCUCUGUCACCACUCCUGACGGCAAGAAACUGAAGUGUCCACUUUGUGAUAGACUGUACGGCUACGAGACGAAUCUGCGCGCCCAUAUAAAGCAACGUCACCAGGGUAUCAGGGUGUCGUGUCCAUUCUGUACGCGAACGUUUACCAGGAACAACACCGUCAGACGGCACAUGGCGCGGGAGCACAAAGCCGAGCUCAAUCUGAAGGCUUUCCAACAGUCGAAUCAUUCGAUGUCGGACACCGUGCCGCAGUAACGACGUCCUUGUCGUCAUCGUCGUUAUCAUCGUCGUUGUUGUCGUUGUCCUGACGGUGAUCGUCGCAGAGACGCGGAACGGACGGCUCUGCGACGAGUUAAUUGCGAGUGGGACGGAAAUGGCAGGACCACGUAGUUGGAUCGAGGAAGAGUAUCUUCACUUUUGGUCAACGCCGCUCUCAUCCCCUCAGGACCCAGCGUAUCCUUUGCGAAGUCGGCUGUGAUUGACAACGGACGUAACGGAACUUUGGUCGCCAGAUCAAGAAAUUUGAACGCCCGCAAUCCACUAUGCUUCGAUUCUGAUAGUUGUCAAUUAAACUGUCUCGAAAAGGUCUGCCUGGAAUUCUACUGAAACGAUUCGUCGACCGAAAUGGUCGGAAUAUAAUCGUGGAAUAUGGAGCAUGGGAAAAACGGGAAUAUAGACAGGAUACUCGUGGGUAUUCUUUAAAUUUGAAUUCAGUGUCCCGUAUUUUCGAGAUUCGCAAAGGAUGAAUAUUGCACGGUCUUAAAAGAGGCGCAAGGCGUUGAUCGUAAUAGAAAAAUUGUCUCAGUGAUCGGAUCGCGAAACGAGAACGAGGAAGAUUGUUGUAAAGGAGGAAUAGUAAAGUAAAAAUGGAUACAGAAGAAGAAAGAAGGAAGAAGACAGAAGAAUGAAGAGGAUUGGGAAAACGUCGACGUCCGAUGGCUCGCGUGGCUAAGCACGGAGAUAGGGGACACGCUCGCAGAAUAAUCACAAAACUAGUCAAUGAAAGUGCAACGUCAAGUAAGAGUUAUUAACUAUUAAAGAAAACGCUUUUUACUGGAUUGCGAUACAAACUAGGGAAACUAUAGAGACAAGCGUAACGCCGGAAGAUCCGAACCGUAAGUAAAAAGACGCGAAUGAAAUUAAAACACACAGAUUUACGACGCCACAAAGAAGCGAAUAGGAUUAAUGGAAUGAAAAGAAGAGACGCAUAUCUCAGGUGAAUCCAUAUUGCCAUAAGCGGGAUACUUCACGAUAUUUUUAUUUCUCGUCCUUUUGCUCUUCGUUCUUUUUUUAAAUCUUCCGUAUGUUCGACGUCUCCAUUUAAAGCGAUCUGGAUUGCUUUGACUGGGUGCGCGAAUUAAAAGAUUUAUAUAUAUAGUAGAAAUAUGUAUAUGAAUAUAGACCGAGAAUAUUGAUGAAAACGGUGCAAGCGCUGUUGCGAAAUAGGUUUUAAUGAACCAAGUCGUCUAAUUACUGCCGCUAUCUUACUUGAUUCGAUAGUUACGAACAUGUUACCGAUGAAUUUAUUGAUUAACUGCAAUUACAUCAGAUUGAAGUUACGUAUGUAUGUUACAUACACCGAUUUAACCACAGAGAAGCAACACUGGUACUAUUAUUGCUGUUGAUGUCAAGAGCCUAGGGUCGAGACACGGGUGAUAUACAAACUGUUUAACAAUCUCCAUAGUAACAAACUUGUAGGGAAAUUGUCGGAAUCUAUUUAUUGCAAUAGAUAAUGAAAUCUCCGUUAUUUUUACACGUUCACAAAUCGUGGAAACAUAUCCGGAAUGUAAUGUGAUACGUUUUACGUACGCACCAAUUUCGCCUCUAUCUUUUCUGUUCUUUUUGUAUAGAUAUACCGUUUUAUAAAAGAUUUAUGAGAUUAUUACUACAAUUACAUAUAGAACGCGGACAGGCUGUCGAGUUACCACGUAUAGAUUAUACCGUAAGUCGUGUUUAGAUUCUUCUCGGUGAAUGCGUUCAAGCCACAGUUCAUAACGCGAGAGAGAAUAAGCAAUAAUGAUUGUUCAAGAUCUCUUCUUUCGUAAGGGCGUCGUUUUCUUUUUGUAACGUCUCAGGAACAAACGCCAGGUGACUCCUGUUCCUCCUGAUCGUGGACAGAAGUCUCAUGGCGCGGAAGAGGAAAACAAGACAUACAUGUUGUACGAGAUCCGAUUUUUUAACGAGUACCUAUAUAUUUAUUGUAUACCUGAUCGUGAAGGGAGAAGCUUCGCAUUCGCUUGGAAAGAUCGCGAUACGACGCGGACGCGACACAUUUUUUGAACGUCGCGCGAACAAUCACUACCACUUUGUUACCUGUUUACAAUGUUUAAAUGACGGACUUUUGUCCGAAGCAAUAGUCGCGGAUAAUAUAAUAGGGAUAUAUUAAAGUAAUACGGAACCAAUAGACCAGUACGGACAGGAGAGCAUUAUAAGGAAUAAUUUACUAGACUACCGGUUGUAUAGGAAUGUGAUCAAUGCAAUAGUUCAUUAUAUUACAAUUUGUACCUAUAGAUAGAUAUAUAGAUACUCCUAGUCAGGAUGGCACCACGAUAUUACUUGUUGCAGUAUUUGACGCGUUUAUAUUACGGACAUCUACCUCUCUCUUUAUUUUCCUCACCUACCUCCUCCAUACGUUCCCAGUUGUUAUUUCUUGUUACCGUCCGGCCUCUGUUUUCUCUCUCAUGUAUUAUUAUUUUUUUAUUCUCUCCUCCCAUCUAUCCUACCGCCUUUUUUAUUUUUUUAUUUGUUUGUUACGUUACAGAGAAAAGUUUAACGAGAGUUGUCUCACAACGAUACGCCUACCGUAAGAUAUCAAAGACAAUAGUUGAUAGAGGAUUAUUUAGUAUUUAACAAAAAACGUUCAUACCGUGAGAUGUAGGAUAUAUUUAACGAGAGGAAAAUAAUUUGUUCCUGCCCGUUUUCGUUGUCUCGUUCUUUCCCAGCCUCAUCUUCUUUGUUCACGUUACAUGUGUUCUAAUUUUCUUUCUCUUCCUUUCCUUUUAAAUCUCAUUUUUUACACGAAUACCAAAUCGUGGACAAACGUAGUCCGCGUAUUCUGCCAAAUGACGAUACGUAUGACAGUACUACCUCAUCGUCUUUUUAUAAGAACGCAUAAUACAAAAUACAGGGAACACUGAGAGAUCACGAUACAUUAUACGUAAUGACCACCUGUACAUUCCGUAUAGCCGCUGCUAUUCAUCUGGUUAGUGUCGGAAUAUUAUUCUCCUGAUGUUAUACCCUGAUUUCGAACAGGGUACAAUCGUGGAUCUCGAAGCUCCUAGCGGAAAUUUCUUCGUCUCCCAUUGCUUCGUAACACUUCUUUUUCCUUGUGCCAGGAUCUUAAUUAUAUGAAAGUGUCAGCAAAUUAAUGAAACAUAAAAUUCGAUUAUUGUUGGUCUACAACGUACAUUUUCAUAUGAUGAUCCCAGUUAAGGAAACUAAUGUAAUAUACAUUUUCAUCCAAGCAACAAUUUCAAUAACGAGUUUGACACAAGGGUAAGAGUACGAUUGUUCACAAGAAUGGAAUAGAGUUAUUAUACUAACAGGUUUUAUAAAUAUCUUUUCAUAUUCAAGAAGUUUUCAGUUUUGCUUUCACAUUGAUUAUGGAAUUUCUAAUUGCGCUAGGAGCUUCGGAGAUUGCGAGCACACGUGAUAUAAUAAGCUCUACGUAUGAUUAUAAUAAUGGAUCAGUUUUUUUUUACAAAGCCGCAUUAUCGGAUACGUACAAUUAUACAUAUACGAGCACUAUGUAAACACAUUGAAUGUGAGUACGCGUGUGUGCGUGCAUGUUUGCGUGAGAGGGUGUGCCAGGCUGCGUGACAAUUUACAAAAAUGUUUACCGUUUUCCAAGGUAAAAAGAAAAAAAAAGAAAAACGAAAAAAAAAGUUAUGGCAGUGAUUUCAUCGUUCGGCGGAAACAUUUGAUUCAUGGAUGCAAUCACUAUGUUCUGACGUAAGGAGAGGUUGAAAUUAGAUCUAAACAAACGUAUUGUACAUUAUAAUAUUGUCCGUUUAACGCACAAAAGUAACAGAAGAUAAAGUAUCACGACGGUGCGAUGCACAGGGUGAAUUGACGAAAGCGAUAGUAGCAUUCGAACGUAGAACAUUCGCAGAGAAAGUCGAGCAAGUGCACGCGUGCUCGUUUCGUCGACGAAUUUCGUGGACUCGGGCUUUCGAACAUCUAGAGGAUUUUUUUCGGUUGAGAGACGAUCGAGGGAAAAUUGAAUACGAAAAAUGAGAUUUGGUGUACGCACAAAACGAGAAUGUUUUGGCAAAGGUAAACAUUGAGGGACGUUUUCGAAAAAUAGAACGGCGAGAGACGUUUCGAUCCGCACGCGAGGGUGAUAUCGAUCUUCCUUCGGGACUGAAUUCGACAUAAACCAAUUUCCCAAGGAUGGGCUACGAGGAUAUAUUUGAAAUAAGGUGAAAAUUAGUCACAGACGGCGGAGAAGGGUGUCUAGAAAAAAAGGAGACGCUGCGAAGAGAGGGAUUAUUAACAAGUGUUAUGUGUCGUUUACGUAUGUGAGGAUAGGAACAUACACACACGCGCGCACACAAUACACACACGUAUACGUAGUGUACGAAACAAAUAUAUCUGCCUAUACACAAACGGGAUACGUCGCAAAAAUUUGUAUGUCUCAUAAGUACUAUAAAUAGUG